UGACGCAACAUGUGCGGAGCCGAGGAUGUCAGGCUGAUGUGAAUGUAUACUGCAGCUCUGUAGAACGAUCACCGGGCACUCUCUCCCGGGCACAGACACAGCGCGCGUGCACGUCAGCAGCCUGCAGAGGACAUGAACAAGCAGGAUAUGGCCGAUGAGGCUCUCUUCUUACUUCUGCACAACGAGAUCGUGUCAUGUGUGUACAAGUCUGGCGAGCAGGGAGAAGCGGAGAAUGGAAGGUGCAUCACUAAGUUGGAGAGCAUGGGGUUUCGUGUUGGGCAGGGAUUGAUAGAGAGGUUUACCAAAGACACCGCAAGGUUCAAAGAUGAAUUAGACAUCAUGAAGUUUGUCUGCAAAGACUUCUGGACUACAGUAUUCAGAAAACAAAUUGAUAACCUGCGGACCAAUCACCAGGGAAUCUAUGUGCUUCAGGACAACAAAUUCCGUCUCAUAACGCAAAUGUCUGCAGGAAAACAGUAUAUGGAACAUGCACCUAAGUAUUUGGCGUUUACUUGCGGAUUAAUCCGAGGAGGAUUAUCUAAUUUAGGAAUAAGAAGCAUUGUAACAGCGGAAGUCUCAGUAAUGCCAGCUUGUAAAUUCCAGGUGAUGAUUCAGAAAUUGUAGCACAAGGAUGAAUGUCACACAUUUAAAUGACUGACUGUAUACUUAAUCUUAACCAUCAAGGGACUACAACUUCAGAUCACAGACCUUCUACUUACCCUUAUGUUGCUUGUGUCUUCUGAAGCUACAUGGCUUGUCCGUCUGCAUGUGAAAGUCUUCGAUCUUUAUAGUGUGUCAUUGGAUAUUAUACUUAUUGUGGUUGUUUUAUGGAACAUACACUACAAUAUUACCACAAUAACAUAGAGCUUUAAAAACAAAGGAGACUUCACUACAUGAAACUUCGACAUGGACCACAAAUGAGGAAGAGUCAUCGCCAAGUCUUGUCGCCCGGUGAUGGGUAUAUUUA